CAAGAGGAGUUUAGCAUGGGUCCCCAUGUCUACACCUCACCCCCCGAAGACCCUCCCAAAGCCAGCAUUGACAUUGCAGACCCCAUGUGUUCUGCAUGCCAGUUUGUGUGGAGUGUGUGUCCUGGCUUGAAUACAAAAGCACAUCUUCACAAGUACAACAUCGGCCGGCAUCAGUGUUUGUAAGGAAUCCUCCUUUUGUUUUUUGUGACAACCAACUUCAGGCAGGUAUGAGGGCCUGCUUGGUGUUCAUUUGCUUCCUGGUAGCAACCUUUGCCCUAUCUGUGAAGGGCAAACAUCAUGGAAAACACAGGGUAUUGCAAAAGACUUCAAUCAGGGAAAAGGAUGGGAUCACAGAGGAAGGUAAUAACCCACAGGUGUCCCCCACCUCAGUCCCCUUUGACGUCAGCAGCAUGGAGAAGGAAGAUGAACCAAGCUCAGACAGUAACACCAGCGCAAAGAAGAUCAAGGAAGCAAAGGAAAAGAGAGACCAGAGCAGUGCAGUUCUGAUGAGCGAGGAGGAACUGGUUGACCUCCUGAAGAAAGAGGCCAAAGAAGAGGAAGAUGCAGAAGUGAAAGAGUUAGAGGAUGAGGAGGCAGAGGCUGGCAAGGCACUGAGGGGUGAAGGUGAGGAGAAAAUCUUAGCGGAAAGCACAGAGGAUGAAGAGGAGGUCAAAAAGGAAGAGGAGGUCAAGAAGAUGCUCCUUGAGGAAAUAGUGGAAAAUCCUGCUGGUGGAGAGGAGACAGUGACCUCACCAGAGGAAACAGAGAGCAGCACAGAAUCAGAGAUUAUAGCGGAUCUUGAUUAUGCUGCUGACAGUGGAGUAGUCCAACCUCUGCAAUCUGUAUCAACGGAAGUGACCACCUCUGCUCAUGAAAUCCAGUCCAGUUCAAAAGAAGAUGCAUCCGAUGAUCAGAAUAAAAAAAAUAAUGAGGCAGAGUUCCAACAAGACAUGCAAUCCCCCAGUAAGGAGGCGCGUAAGGAUGACACUACAGUAUCAGCCAAAUCUGAAGAAAAGACCCCCAGUCAUGCAGAACCUGAAUCAAACGUGGACCCUGGAAAAGAGGAAGAGGCAGUUAAGGAUGACAGCAAAGUUCAAACCAAGGCAAAGACAAGGAUGGAAAGGAGAAAACAGCGAGCAAGAAAGAACUCUCCACAGAGGGAUGAGGGGCGUCCUGAGCAAGCACAGAGCCAACAGGAUCCACAGGAGUCUCGGGAACCAGGAACCAGAGGUGGACCUAACAAAGCAAAGCGGAGACGGGCAGAAAAAUGGGGUCCUUUGGUGGGACUGAAUCCAGUGCAGAUAAGAUCUUCGGUGAACCUGCACCCUGAUUCAAAGAAAUCUUUCGCUGGAGACAUUCAUGUUGAAGAAAGCCUUACUGAUCCAUGCUACAAUUUCCGUUGCAAGCGUGGGAAAACAUGUAAGCUUGAUGCAGACAAUAAGCCCCGUUGUGCCUGUCAAGAACCGUCAGAAUGUCCAUCCAGCACAAAUGAAUUUGAUAAUGUUUGUGGGACAGACAACAGAACUUACGAUACGUCAUGUCAUCUCUUUGCUACAAAGUGUAACUUGGAUGGGACAAAGACGGGCCACAGGCUCCAUUUGGACUACAGUGGUCCAUGCAAACUGAUACCUCCAUGUUUGGACAAUGAACUUUCCCAGUUUCCUCUAAGAAUGAGGGACUGGCUGAAAAACGUGCUUCUGCAGUUGUAUGAGCUUGACUCCAUGUCACCUGGUUACCUCACCCCAAAACAGCGUUUCAAAGUCAAGAAAAUCUUUGAGAAUGAGCGACGCCUUCAUCCCGGUAACCACACUGUGCAGCUGCUUGCACAGGACUUUGAGAAGAACUACAACAUGUACAUUUAUCCUGUCCACUGGCAGUUUGCUCAGCUGGACCAGCACCCUUCAGACAGGGUUCUGACCCACUCUGAGUUGGCACCACUCAGGGUCCCGCUGGUACCAAUGGAGCACUGCACCUCGCACUUCUUCCAGAAAUGUGAUGCUGACAAAGACAAGCAGGUUUCCUUCAAAGAGUGGACUUCCUGCUUUGGUAUCAAAAAUGAUGAUAUGGAUCCCAACUUACUUUUCUAAGAAUGGAUGCUCCCCUCAUGAACUUGUAGAAGCUGCUGGCUGAAUCAUCUGGCUCUUAUCGUUCCACAACAUACAUGACUGUACCUCCUGAUAUACAAAUAAUGAUUAUUUUUGUGGUUUAGGUUGAGCUUAGACAAUUACCUUGGUUAUCUGUACCCGAUCUUGAGUUGGUAGGAUCGUUGGAUUACCCUGUAUCUCAUGACUAGUUUAGUUUAAUUUUGUUUCCUUGAGUCUUCCUACUUUUGUGAUUCAAAAACGGUGCUGCUUCAUUAAACGCUGACAUGAUCUUGUUUACUGUAGCUGAAAUUAAAGUUAAAAGCCUGUGUAAUAACACAUCUGUAUUAGUACUGAU